AUGAAAAGGUCGCACGCAGAGCCCAGAGGCCAGCACUGUGAAGGUGACCCUGGUCCGCAGGAGGGCGACGGCCCCCGGGAAGACGAUGGCUGGCGGCCCCCUCCCCCAGGCCCGCGUCCNGCUUUCGUGCUCGACACCGACGCCUCGGUCAGCAACGGGGCCACCUUCCUGGGCUCUCCCCCCGUGCGCCGGGGCCGGGACUGCGUGCGCGCCUGCUGCACCACCCAGAGCUGCAACCUGGCGCUGGUGGAGCUGCAGCCGGCCGGCGGGGAGGACGCCGUCGCCGCCUGCUUUCUCAUCAACUGCCUCUACGAGCAGAACUUCGUGUGCAAGUUCGCGCCCAAGGAGGGCUUCGUCAACUACCUCACCAGGGAGGUUUACAGCUCCUACCGCGAGCUGCGGACUCAGGGCUUUGGAGGGUCUCGGCUCCCCAAGAUCUGGGCAGGCAUAGACUUGAAGGUACAGCCCCAGGAACCUGUGGUACUGAAGGAUAUGGAGAACACAGAUUGGCAUCUGCUGCAGGGUGACCCGGACAUCAGGGUAGAGAGGAAAGAUCUGGACCAGGUGGAACUAUGGGGACUCAAGGAAGGCACCUACCUAUUCCAGCUGACUUUGGCCAGCUCAGACGAGCCAGAGAGCACAGCCAACAUCACAGUCACCGUUCUCUCCGCCAAGCAGACAGAAGAAUAUUGCCUUGUAACCAAAAAGGUGGGCCGCUGCCGUGGUUCUUUCCCCCGCUGGUACUAUGACCCCACAGAACAGAUCUGCAAGAGUUUCGUUUAUGGCGGUUGCUUGGGCAACAAGAACAAUUACCUUCGGGAGGAAGAGUGCAAGCUAGCCUGCCGCGGUGUACAAGGUGGGCCUUUGCACGGCAUCCUUGGGGCUCAGACGACUUUCCCUCAAGGUCCCUCCAAGGAAAGGCACCAUCCAGUGUGCUCUGGCACCUGUCACCCCACCGAGUUCCACUGCAGCGAUGGCUGCUGCAUCGACAGCUUUUUGGAGUGUGAUGGCACUCCCGACUGCCCCGACGCCUCCGACGAGGCCACCUGUGAAAAAUAUGCCAGUGGCUUCGAGGAGCUGCAGAACUUCCAUUUCCCCAGUGACAAAGGACACUGUGUGGACCUACCAGACACGGGCCUCUGUAAGGAGAGCAUCCCACGCUGGUACUACAACCCCUUCAGGGAACACUGUGCCCGCUUUACCUAUGGCGGUUGUUAUGGCAACAAGAACAACUUUGAGGAGGAGCAGCAGUGUCUUGAGUCCUGUCGUGGCAUCUCCAAAAAAGAUGUGUUUGGUCUGCGACGGGAAAGCCCCAUUCCCAACAUAGGCUCCGCGGAGGUGGCUGUUGCAGUGCUCCUGACCAUCUGCAUCGUGGUGGUGGUAUCCAUCCUGGGGUACUGCUUCUUCAAGAACCAGAGAAAGGGCUUCCACGGAUACCGCCACGGCCACCCCCCACCCCCUACCCCCGCCAGCUCCACAGUCUCCACCACCGAGGACACGGAGCACCUGGUCUAUAACCAUACCACCCGACCCCUCUGAGCCUGGGGCUGCCUUGGCUCUUCAGCCUGGGACUCUCACAGGCUCUCAUGGGCUCUCAUGGGCUCUCAUGGGCUUUCAUGGGCACUCACGGGCUCUCACGGGCUCUCACGAGCUCUCACUAGCUCUCACCAGCUUUCACCUGGCCCCUCUUCCUCCUUGCCAAGAAGGAGGCCUGGGCCGGGAAAGACUUUGGGACCAGACCCUUCCUCCCGUUUCUCAGGCCUCUCUGCCUCAGAGGCCAGGUCUCUAGCCCCUUUCAGCUAAGCUCAGGACACUUGUUCCUGAGAAAGCUCCAGUGCCUGAAAGGAGAGACAGCCUUUGAGUCAGGAAUAUGAUGGACCUGCUUACCUUGGAUUUCAGAGGAAGGUGGAGGUCUGUUUCCUGUUCAAAGCUGCCUGCCCCACACCGUGGCAUUGGGAAGGGGCCUGGGCAGCGACAGAAGCUGGAGGCCCCAACCCUGUCCUGCAGAGCUACCCUUCCCACUCUGCACAGUUCAGAGCGGGGUUAAGGACCUCCCUAUGUAUUUUAUGCUGUACAGAGUUGCUUUUUGUUUAUUUAAUGUCAUGGGAGUGGAUGAGAGGAGUGGAAAGUGGUUAUCUGGCCUCUGCUGCCUCUCCCCUUCCCUCAAGAAUGAGCCCCAAUUUGGCCUGACCUAGCACAUGGAACCAGAGCUGCCCCAAGCUCCCUGCACUCCCCUGGGCUCUCCGGCACCACACCCCCAGAACUCCCCCACUUCCCACAGGCUCCAGUCCACCCACAGUGUAAUAAAAUGGUUUGUUCUAUGGGGCUUCUCUCUGCUCUGUGGGCCAGGAGAGGGACAAGGGCUGCUGGGGGGAGAUGUGACCGCCUAGUCCAACCGGUUCAGGCUUUGGCCACCCUGUUUAGCAGGUUUUCCCACCCUUCCCGAAACUGCCCCAGCCCCUGAGGGUGGAGAGAAGUGCCAAGUUUGACCACCAGAGGGGAGGGUGAGAGGGCCAUGGGAGUAGGGGGCCCAACAGAAGCUACCAUGCUUCUGUGAAGUAUUUCUUGUGCUUUGAUCCAGGCAACAAGCCUGUGUAGUUGAAGAGAGGGAGGCGGGCACACUAACUCGAGCCCUGUUGCUUAUCUUCAUUCCCUUUGGUGUUGGGGCUAGGGACACAGGUCCCAUCUGGCCUAGGUCACCACUGUCUCCCCACCUACAGAAGCCUUGGCUUUACAGGAGUGUUGCUGCUUCCCAGACUCUGAACUCUUACCCAGGAGCCUUUGGUUGAGGUACUCCAUUCCCACCCACAUCCCUCCCUUUGUUUGAGCCACAUCUUGGUGCCAAAAAAUAAAAUAAAAAUCAUGU